AUUCAGGACUUCCUCAACCCCUAGAGGCACGCCUUGAAGAUCUCAUUAGUGUAACAGCACCAGCUGUCUUGCUCAGUAUCAAGAACAUGGUUUUUCUCACAAUUCUGCUGUUUUCCUACCUUCAAAUGUCCCAGCAGAUUCAGAAAACUACUGCAAAUAGCAAAGAGAUGAUAUCUAAUCCCAGGCUCAUACCUGUUCACGGGACUUUGAACAUAGUGAGGAACCAGAACGUGACCCUCUCCUGCCACUCAGACUCCGGAUCUCCACCUGUCAGAUACACAUUGUUUAAACACAAUCAGAAGGUAUCCACUUUAAAUAGGCCAGACUUGACUCCCAGUUUGUUUAACUUGACUAUCAACUCUGCCAAUGAUGUGGGUGAAUACAAAUGCAAAGCUGAGAAUAACAUCUCCAGUGGUGGGAAAUACAGCAACAGUCUCAACUUCACCCUUCUAGUUUUCUUUUUUACAGAGCCAGUUUCCAAACCCAUGCUGAGCUCACCCGCCGCUCAAGCAAAGAAAGGCCAGAAUGUGACCCUGUCUUGUCUCUCAGAGAACGGCUCUCUUCCUAUCACAUACAUAUUCUUCAGAGGAAGGCAAAGCAUCUCUCCCCCAGUGAAGAUGCAGAAGAGGGAAGCAGCUGUGAUUUUUCUAUUUAUCAAUUCCUCUAGUGACUUUGGACCCUAUAAAUGCAGAGCUGAAAAUAGUGUUCACAAUAAUACAAAAUACAGCAACAGUUUCAACUUUACAUUAGCAGAAGAGAGAAGCCAUUCUCAGCCCUUGAUCAUUUCUCUUGGGCUAAUCCUGCUACUAUGCGUAAUAGGAUUUGCUCUGGCAAUUCCAUUUUUCAUAAUUCCUUCAUAUAAAGCAAAAAAAUUUAAGUCUACUAUGUCCUCAACUGGCUUUACUUCAACAACAAAUGCAGAAGAGUCUGAAGACUACGUCAUAUAUGCAGAGAUUGAGCCUGUUAAACCAGAAGAAUACAUCAAUUUUUCUGCUAUUAGAAGAGAAGAUGGAAAAGCAGAAGAGAGGGCAUGUGCUACAAUCUAUUCAAAGGCCAUUUUCAGAGACUGAGUACAAGGAACAAACUGCAAAACCAGGACAGCAGACAGGCCUGCCAUGAGGAGAAGGUUGCAAUUUACUGCUAAAAUACCAAGUUACCCUUGUUUUAUCUGUUCAGCCUGACUUUUCAAACACUGUCACACGUUAUAAGUUUGUCCUCUACGAUAUAUCCAGCAGAAAAGUUUCCCUCUGGUCCAUUCGCCCUUCUGAGCAUGGUAACUUCUAUAAAGCCUUUUGCAGCGUUUAUAAUGCAUUAAUCCAUGUAUACAUCUAUAUAUCUGGAAUUGGACAAGCUACAGAAAGAACAUCUACAGGUUCUUGUUGAUGCAAAGUUCACACUGCGUUUGUCUGACAUCUACUCACACAUACAGAUAAAGGCUAUGCAGCUGUCCUGUCAAUAUAGCUCAUUUCUAACUUCAAAGAAUGAACUCCUUGCCAAAAAAACCCCAAAACUCUAUUUUACCUGCUUCUGAAAAUGAAGGUCUGACUGCAGAGUAGCAAUUGUACUGCUUUUACAACAAAAGAAUAAAAAGUCGCACGCUAAGCAACUGGACCAGCAAAGAAACCAUUUCUCUCACACGUUAUCAUCUUCAUCAGAAAAA